ACAGAAAUCACAUGGCAUACGAACUCACACAUAUAAACUCGACACAAAUACACUGAAACAAACCCCUAAGUGCAAGGGAAUCGGGGUUUAAUGGAUUUUUUCCCUUUGUUUUUGUAGAGUAUGAAACGUAAAAGGUUUUUAAAAAUGAAAAUUUGCCUCUUCACUUACUGGCAGUAGAUGACUGCGCGAGGACGUGUUAGUGCCAUUGAUGGCAGAAAUAAAAACGUAUCCUAGCCAAUGUAAAAUGACACAAGAUUUGCAAGAACGGAAUUUAAAUUGUGAAAAUGUUUCUCAAAAAAUUCAUAAAAAGUCGCAGAAAACUUAAGAUACUCUUCUGCCUCUUUGUCAUUGUGUUAAUUCUGAUAAUAUUAAUCGUUCUAAAUUCGGCAUCCACAACGCAAAACUGGUCAAGUGAGCAACGUUUAUUAGAUGAACGUUUUAUAGCGAAAGCGUAUGCUGGCGCAAAACUGGAUCAACCACCUUUACUGAAGUCACCCCAACAGAAUGGUGUCAUUGUACCAGAGAAAUACGAUGAACAUAAGAUAAAGGCACGCAUUAUACAAGACAAAAUUAAGAAUAUCAGAAAACAUCAACAACAGCAGCAAAAUGCUUGGGACACGGAAAACGAGCACACAACUUUGGACACAUUGACAAGUAGCAUACAUAUCUUCUAUAGCGCACCAGUGCAAUGGUACAAGACUAAGAAAACUCAAGCACAACAUCCGGCUAGAGAAAUUCUUACCGAGGAUAACAACACAGAGCUGACAACACCGAAACCGAUACGCAUAUUAAAUACUGCAUUCUAUCCUUCAUUGGGUCUGUACAAGCCCACAGUGAAUCUACUGCAAAGGCAUUUCGACAAUAUAAACAAUUGUGGCGUCGGUGUGAUUAUACUCAGUUUUGCCUCCAAGUCUACUGAUUUCGACUUGUACGAACAAAUACUUGAACUGGUGCCAAAAUACAACUUGAGUGUCACAUUCGAGAUUAGCGUAGCUGGCAAUCAGAGUGCUGAGUAUUUGCGUCAACAAUUGUUGGAUUUACGGAAGUUUGCAGCAUCCCCGGCAUUUUAUCAUGUUUAUUCGGUGUCUCGACGUACAUUUAUGCCUGUGAUAUAUGUGAGCAAUGCAUACAAGUUGAGUGACACCGUUGGACAUUUACUCUGCCGAACUCAUCCGGACAGUUUAAGACGCACAUUUGAUGCAUUUUUUAUUGGACAUAUUAGGUUAAAAAAUCAUGCAGAAACUAUUCGUCGCCUUUGUUUUGAUGGAUUUUAUAGCAAAUUACCAAGUAAUGGAGCCACAUUCGCAAGCACGUGGAAAAAUUGGUCAUAUCUAAAAUCCUUUGCAAUAACCUACAAAAUGUUAUUUGUACCAACAGUUGGUCCAGGUUUUGCUGAACGAAAUAAAUUUCCACGUCACGGAGAUAUACAAAGACAUCGCAGCAAUGGUAGAUAUUAUGGUGUGGCAUGGCGUACAGCUAUAAUUAAUCAUGUUGGUUUCAUAAAUAUAGCCAGCUAUAAUAAUUGGCCUGAUGGUAGUCAAAUUGAAGAGGUUAUACCAAAAGCAGGAUUUUUGGAUUAUAGUCCAGGUACAAAAACAAAAUAUUUAGACUUGACCACACAUUGGGUAGGUAAUUUCUUAAAGACACGGCAAGAGGCAAUGGCCGUUGCUCUCAAUGGUAAAAAUUUGAAUUGUUAUGAAUUAUUAAAUAAUACAAUAUGUUAAAGUUAUAUAUUAAUAUAUAU